AUGUCCCUGUUUGCGGUCGUUUAUCGCCGCACUCCUGCAACCACUCUUGAUCUCAUCAAGCUUCCCACCGGGUUGAAGAAGAGUGAAGCUGCUGAUUUGUUUGCUCAGUCUCAUGUGGAUACCAUUUCCCAAGUGAAGCACAAGUUAGAGCAAGCCACUGCUCGCUACAAACUUGUUGCCGAUCGUCAUCGUCGUGGUAAGACUUAUCAAGUGGGAGACUUGGUGAUGGUCUAUCUACGCAAAGAGCGUGGUGGCAGCCAGCGUAAGCUAGACCCAAGGAAGAUUGAUCCUUUCAAGAUUAUCUGGAAGAUUAAUGAUAAUGCUUAUGUCCUUGACCUUCCAGAACAUAUGCGCAUUUCCGGCACUUUCAACGUUGCGGAUUUGUAUCCCUACUACUCUGAUGAUCAAUCCGAGACGGCUUGA